AUGACAACUCCCCCCGAUACCGCUCUCUUGGCCUCCACAAGCCAAUCACUCGCUCCUAACCUCGCCAUCCUGAAUGCCUUCGCCCACCGUCACAAGAACCAACAUUCUUGCACGCACUGGUGGUCCUCCUUCUCUAUUCUUCGCCGUGCUUCCCAAAAGCUUUCCCAAGACCUCGUCUCGCGUCCCAAAAAGACAAAGUCUAGCAAUGCGAAACGCGACAACCACCCUGCACUCGUCCGUGCAAAAUGGAUGAUGCGCCAUGUAAUCCCUUCUGCUUUUUUCACCUUGUCGCAACUAGCAGCCGAUAACCAACAUGCGCCUUUGGGUCUCCUCCUCCUCUCGGUCCUCGCUCGUAUAAACACCCUACUAUCCCACCUCGUUCCUCCCGAGCAUCACCAUGACCACGAAUCUGUAGCAGCAGCUGUUGUUAAGUCAGCAAGUUCAGGACAGGGCAAGCUUGACUCGCUUAACUCUACAACGCAAACAAUAGCACUUGAGGCGCCCGGUUCUGAAACGGAUAUGGGCGUGGCGGUUUCACGUGAGGAGCUCUUGUCAUCGCAGAAGAAUACAAACAAGCCAAAAUCGAAAUCAGACAUGCCUCCGAAAGACCACAAAAUGAAGGAACUUAAACAAAAGACUGUGCGCAAAAGCACACCAGAGGUAGUGCUGAAAGACGGCGCCAAGGAUAAACCGAAGAAGAAAAAGAAAAAAGGCGGCGAUGCAUUUUCGAGUCUAUUCGGUUCAUUAUAG